UACCAGACUGGGAGAUAUUACUGUAUAAUGACAAGUGUACGUAUGAGUACAGUAACGACCGAAAAGUGGACCUGUAUUGCACUUAUCCCCGAACCAAUUACACCACAUUAUACUCGAUUAAAAUGUAUGAACACAACCAUAACGGUGAAAACACAACCAUGUUAUACUCGAUAGAUAUGACAAACAACAAUGGUACGGGGUGUCUAGCAACAAGCCGUACCCGACAACUGGACUCAACUAUACGACUGAAUCAAGAUCACGUGGUCGUAACCAUACCUCACCCCACCGAUACGACCAUGGGCAAUUAUUCGUGUCAAUUCCAUUACCUGGAUAUUACCCAUAAUUACGAAUUAAAAUCGUGCGAUCAAUUGCGCCAGGGUCACUGCUAUUGCGGUUACUGCGGUUACCUAAACGGCAUAAGCGGCGAUUAUAAACAGGAUAAUUAUACAUACUAUGAACAGUGUGUGUAUAGCACCAACGGGAGUGCC